GGCGUCUGCGCACGGUGGGCGGGGCACGUCGGGCCGUGACAGUUGGUCCGUGGGCUGUGGAAGGGAAGAGACGGAAGUGGGGCCGGUGCAGCGGGUGCAGGAAGGACCGGUCCGGACCAUGGAUGGCUCCUUCGUUCAGCACAGUGUGAGGGUUCUGCAGGAGCUCAACAAGCAGCGGGAGAAGGGCCAGUACUGCGAUGCCACCCUGGACGUGGGGGGCCUGGUGUUCAAGGCACACUGGAGUGUCCUCGCCUGUUGCAGCCACUUCUUCCAGAGCCUCUAUGGGGAUGUCCCAGGGGGCAGUGUUGUCCUCCCUGCUGGCUUCUCUGAGAUCUUUGGCCUCCUGUUGGAUUUUUUCUACACUGGUCACCUCGCUCUCACCUCAGGGAACCGGGAUCAAGUGCUCCUGGCAGCCAGGGAAUUGCGAGUGCCAGAGGCUGUGGAGCUGUGCCAGAGCUUCCAGCCCAAAACUUCAGUGGGACAGGCAUCAGGUGGCCAGAGUGGGUUGGUGAAACCUGCCUCUCGGGAUAUGAACAGCCACCUCAAGGAGCCCACAGACUUGGAGGAAGAGGAAAUUACAAGAACUCUCGGGCUAGUCCCCAGGGAUCAGGAACCUAGAGACAGUCGCAGCCCCCAGAGACCCCAGCUCAUCUCCCCUAUUCAGAGUGAGAGCCCCUCCUUCCUCUCUGGAAAACUCAAGCAGGCUCUGAAGCCUUGUCCCUCAGAUGACAAAGAGUCUGAGGACUGCAAAGUGCCCCCAAGGCCCUUUGAGACUGAAGGUGCCCAACUGCAGGGCGGGUGUAAUGAGUGGGAAGUGGUGGUUCAAGUUGAGGACGACGGGGAUGGCGAUUACGUUUCUGAGCCUGAGACUGUGCUGACCAGGAGGAAGUCAAGCAUAAUCAGAAAGCCCUGUGCUGCAGAGCCAGCUCUGGGUGCAGUUUCCCUAGCAGCCGAGCCCGCUGAGAACAGAAAAGGUACAGCGGUGCCGGUUGAAUGUCCCACAUGUCAUAAAAAGUUCCUCAGCAAAUAUUAUCUAAAAGUCCACAACAGGAAACACACUGGGGAGAAACCCUUUGAGUGUCCUAAAUGUGGGAAGUGUUACUUUCGGAAGGAGAACCUCUUGGAGCAUGAAGCCCGGAAUUGCAUGAACCGCUCAGAACAGGUCUUCACGUGCUCCGUGUGCCAGGAGAACUUUCGCCGGAGGAUGGAGCUGCGGGUGCACAUGGUGUCCCACACUGGGGAGAUGCCUUACAAGUGUUCCUCCUGCUCCCAGCAGUUCAUGCAGAAGAAGGACUUGCAGAGCCACAUGAUCAAGCUGCAUGGAGCCCCCAAGCCUCAUGCUUGUCCUACCUGUGCCAAGUGCUUCCUGUCCCGGACAGAGCUGCAGCUGCAUGAGGCUUUCAAGCACCGUGGGGAGAAGCUGUUUGUGUGUGAGGAGUGUGGGCACCGGGCCUCGAGCCGCAAUGGACUGCAGAUGCACAUCAAGGCCAAGCAUAGGAACGAGCGGCCAUACGUCUGUGAGCUCUGCAGCCACGCCUUCACUCAGAAGGCCAACCUCAACAUGCACCUGCGCACGCACACGGGCGAGAAGCCCUUCCAGUGCCACCUCUGUGGCAAGACCUUCCGCACCCAAGCCAGCUUGGACAAGCACAACCGCACCCACACGGGUGAGAGGCCCUUCAGCUGUGAGUUCUGUGAGCAGCGCUUCACGGAGAAGGGGCCCCUCCUGAGGCAUGUGGCUAGCCGCCACCAGGAGGGCCGGCCCCACUUCUGCCAGAUCUGUGGCAAGACCUUCAAAGCUGUGGAGCAGUUACGUGUGCACGUCAGACGGCACAAGGGGGUGAGGAAGUUUGAGUGCACUGAAUGCGGCUAUAAGUUCACCCGGCAGGCCCACCUGCGGAGGCACAUGGAAAUCCACGAUCGGGUGGAGAACUACAACCCACGGCAGCGGAAGCUCCGCAACCUGGUCAUCGAGGACGAGAAGAUGGUGGUGGUGGCCCUCCAGCCACCUUCAGAGCUGGAGGUGGGCUCUGCUGAGGUCAUCGUAGAGUCGCUGGCCCAGGGCAGCCUGGCCUCCCAGCUUCCUGGUCAGAGACUGUGUGCGGAGGAGAGCUUUGCUGGCCCAGGGGUCCUGGAGCCCUCCCUCAUCAUCACGGCUGCUGUUCCAGAGGACUGUGACACAUAGCCCACCCUGUCUGCUUGGUCCCGGCCAAUAAACCAGCUGGCUUUGGACUCGAUGGCUCCAGCCUGUGCAGCAGUGUUUCCUGACGCCCUGCAACUGCAGGCCUGGACUCCAGUGGAGUGCUGCUUUCUUCCGCCUGCACCUUAGUGGCGCCCUGUCCAGUCCUCUGGACCUCGCAGCUUCCCCAGCUCCUCAGCUGAACAAGACGUGAUGGGGGCAGCCUCGGGUGCCCAGCCCUCCGGCUGGAUUUGUCCCACAUCUAUCUUCUGCCCCCCUUUUUUCCUCCUCCUACCCCUGUUCUUUCAGGAUUUCAGAACUGAUAGCGUUGGCCAGAGUUGGUAGUGUUCCUGUUUUAUUGGAGGUGACACCAGGUAGAAUUCAUUACUAAGCCUCUGUGGAGUAGCCAGGGCCCGUGAUGAUGGCUUCACUGGCAGCCCAGUUCAGGAAUGUCUGAGCACGCCUGGGGACCCGAGGAAGGCCGGGCUCCUGGCUAAGCAGGCUCUAUCCCUUAGGAGUACCUAGCUCGGUCUGUGUCUAAGGGACCUGGGUGUAGGCAAGGCCAGGCUGUGGACGGGGAAGGGCCAGGUUCUGCAGCCAUGGGUGCUGAGUUAUGGAGGAGAGGCACAGUGCGCUGGCAGACUGCCUGUGUGCACGUUUCUUCCCCACUUCUUUCAUUUCUAGCCCUGUGACCUGGGCAAGACACUGCUGCAUCUCCAUCUUUUAAUGGGAUUAGUAUCAUGCUAUAUACUUUGCAAAGGAUUAAAUGAGAAAGCUCACUGAAUAAUAAACCACUGCAGAAUGUAUCUGGGGACUGGGGGUUCUCCUCUGAGGAUGUCACACACCACAGAGGUGCAGACUGGGGCUGGGUCUUCUCCGCUGGCCACUUGGGUUUUCUCACGGCAUGGUGGCUGGGUGCCAAAAACAUAUCCCAAAAGCCAAAGCUGCAAGGCCUUUCUAUGCUCAGCAUUGGAAGUCAUGAAGCAUCACCUCUGUCCAUUCUGCUGGCUGAGGCAGUCACCAGUCUCUUCCAGGAGUGCAGAGGGCGCAUACACCCUCUGGCCACUUGACAGAAUGUGUGUCAAGGAAUCUGGACACAUUUGUAAACUGCCCUACCCGCAGAGUAGCCUGAAUCAGUGGUAACUGGUUCAAAUGGUCAUGACCCCAGUGGCCAGAGCUGGGCGCUGCAGAAAUCCAUCACUGGAAGGUUCCUGGACUGCAUGACCCCAUUCACAAUGCUCCUAGAGCUGGAGGCUAGGAAGAUGUUUUUAGACUCAGGGCCUUGUGCAAGUG